AUGAUGAAGAUUCUUAUGUGGAAUUGCCGGGGGGCAAAUAAACCCAAUUUCCGACGUUCGAUCCGUUACUUAUUGAAGAAAUAUAGUACUGAUGUUCUUGCAGUGUUUGAGACCCACGCAGGAGGGGAUCGUGCCGGAUGCAUAUGUCAGAACUUAGGUUUUGAUCAGAAUUUUCGUGUGGAUUCGGUGGGCCAGAGUGGAGGUCUAUGGUUGUUGUGGAAAUCUGAUGUGGGAGAUGUCGAAAUCGUGAAACACUCCGAUCAGUUUAUUCACGCUAGAAUCAGUAAGGGAGUGGAUACUCUAAUCUUGGUGGCUGUCUACGCAGCACCGACUGUAACCAGAUGCAUCGGGCUCUGGGAACAACUCAAGGAAGUAGUUCAGCUAGCGAGCGAGCCAGUGGUUAUUGGUGGGGAUUUUAACAAGAUCCUUCAGCUUGAUGAAAGGAUGGGCGGAAGUGGACGACUUUCUCAAGAUUCCUUAGAGUUUGGGAGCUGGAUAAACGCCAGUUCACUCAUUGAUAUGGGAUUUCGAGGUCAGCAAUUUACAUGGAAGAGAGGACGAUCGGAGAGUCUCUUUAUUGCGAAGCGUUUGGACCGUGUUCUCUGUUGUCCCCAUGCUCGACUCAAAUGGCAGGAGGCAACAGUCACACACUUACCUUUUCUUGCGUCUGACCAUGCUCCAUUAUACGUUGAUUUGGAGCCGAUACUACAGACGAACAAGAGUCAUCGUCCAUUUCGCUUUGAGGCGGCAUGGCUAACUCAUGAGGGGUUUAAGGAUCUAUUGACAGCCUCGUGGGAUAGUAAUCUGGAUACGAGACUGGCGCUAAAGAAGUUACAAGGAGUUCUGAAAAGAUGGAAUAAGGAAGUGUUUGGUAAUGUUCAGAGAAGGAAAGAAAAACUGUUGAGUGAUAUUCUGGAAGUUCAAAAGAUGAUCGAAAGUAAUCCAACGAAUGAAUUACUACAGAAGGAGAGUAGUUUGACAAAUGAGUUCGAUGUAGUGUUGGAGCAGGAGGAGAUUAUUUGGUAUCAGAAAUUUCGUGAGAAGCUCCUCACACAAGGAGAUCGCAAUACAAAAUUCUUUCACACUUCCACGAUCAUCCGUAGGAGGAAGAACAUGAUUGAGAAGCUAAAAGAUGAGCAGGGGCAGUGGCUGACCGAUGGAGAAGAGCUAGAGAAGUUGGCUAUCGCCUACUACAAGAGACUUUAUUCUUUGGAUGAUGUGGAACAGUCAGUGGAAGCAUUACCUCGGGGGAGCUUCGCGACGCUGUCAUAUGCGGAUAAACACGAUUUGCAGCGGCAGUAA